GAGACACAUAUAGAGUACCGAUGGCCUGGAGAGAAUGUGAGGUCCAUGGUACCAAGGCUAGCCAUUUCAGAAGGUGGAGCUGAGGAUGACAUCACAGAGUACGGAGGGUCAAGUAGCUCAAGGUGCUACUCUUAUAAUGUGAAACCAGGAGCCGAGAUGCGGGGAGUCGACGACCUGCGCCAAAGGCUGCGGAUGCGAGGCUUCAGAUGCAACCUUUUCUACACUCGUGUGGCAUCAAGGUUAAAUGUUGUACCACUCUUUGCAUCAAGAGUACAAGCAUUGAGAUAUCUUUCGGUCAGGUGGGGAACUGAUCUAUCCAAAGUGGUUGUGUUUGUGGGGGAAGAGGAGAUACAGAUAAUGAUGACCUGCUGGCUGGUCUCCAUAAGACACUAAUUUUAAAAGGAUCCGUUGAGUAUGGCAGUGAUAAGCUUCUUCAUAGUGAAGAUGGUCUCAGAUAAGACGACGUAGUCCCACAAGAUAGCCCUAACAUUGCCCUUGUAGAGAGCUAUCAACCCCACGAUAUCUCAGCCACUCUUGAGGCUCUUGGGAUAAAGGGACUUUAGUUUGGUCUUUAUAUCUCCCUUACUAUAUAUGAUAUAUAUUUCGACAACUCGAGUAAAGGACUGACUGCUACA